UGCAAGGUCGAGUCGGCGGGGAUACCUCCCAGCUGUACAAUAUUCGAAGUGCCUUACUACAUAUGGACAAAUUAGACACGGCCCUCCUCAGGUUUCUCAGAAAGAAGGGCUAGCCUGAAUUCACCGAGCGAAGGCGUUGAACUAAUCUGCAUACAGACUGCAUAUAAAACAGGAGGAUCGUAUCAUGUUUCUCUCAACCCCCAACUUCUCCACACUCAACGUUUGUGUGCGGUUUCUACUGUUUUGGCUAUGAACGCUUUCCCAAAUGGCACUCGAGUCCUCUACUGCCUAUCUGGCGGUGAAAUCAAGUACGGUACUGUGCAGGCCACCAACCAUAUGGCUGAUGGUACCCAGAUUGUGGUGGUGAAAGUAGAUGGGGAAGGCCAUGCACAGUUACUGUGGAGUAUCCAGCCUUGUAAAAUAACUCAUCCGUUUAUAUUUGCGAUCGAUUCUUGCACUUUAGUCGAGGAGAUCCUGGGAUCAAUCAAAGUGUUGGGAUCUGCCUUCCAAGGUCGUGUGGCAUGCAGAGUGAACAGAGCAUGGGUAGGUUUUGUCGCGGAAGUAAAAAAACCGUCCACAUCAUUGGCUAUAAACCGUGGAUACAUCGGGGUUCGCGGAGGUUUCUUUCGACAAAGACUCGUGGAGAAAUACUAUCUGGAAUCAAAUGAGUAUACCCUAAAUUUUGGGCAUCAAGUCCCAAACACACAACUAGAAAUUUGGGGUGUCAUUUCUGAGGCAGUGUUCGCACCGAAUGUGAACACAUUGACACGAAUGUCCCAAAGUUCUGGAGUAGCAAUGAAUCCGUCAUAUCGCUAG